GUAGCUAGCAACAAGCUAGCAACAAGCUAGCGAAACCUGCACCACAGCAAGUGGCCAGUAGUUACCUCUGUCGAGAAGGAGGCGUAUUAGAAUGCAAAAGUUUAGAAACACGGAUUACUUGUCUUGAGUGGACACAAGAGCGACGUUUGGUGAAACCUGACAGCUGUCGAAACCAUGGUUCAUUGCUGGUUUUCUUAAUAGCUAGUUGUUUGCGUUAAUUUUGAGGUUCAAAUGUGCGAAAAGUCGCUCGGUCUCUCCUCGUCGUUGAACAAGAUGGCACCAACAGCAUCAUCGUUAUUAUUACAGGGUUUGACGGUGGUGCGGGACCUUGUCGCUAACCUGUCCCUUAACGCUCUGGGUGAUACGAUUUGCUGGUCUUACUGAAGGUAUGGCCUCACAAGUCUUGGUCUACCCAUCACACCUGCACUCAGCUCAAACAAGUGCCUUAGGAACAAGCAGCAGCGUUACCAGCAGACACACAGGUGAAGCCCACUGCAGUAAUAACACCAGCAGAGCCUUUCAGCACCAACCCCCACCCAAAACCUAUGUGAUUGGAAUCAAUUACGGUAUCGCCUAUCCCAACAACGUCAUCCCAUCCUCAAACGCUGCUGAUUCAGGAAGGCAGCACGUGGGAGUUCAGCUUGAAGAAAGGGAGGAGUGGGCAUUACAGACGCCAGGAUUACGGACAGAGGAGGGGUGGGAGAGACACGGAGUAGGUCCAGUUGAGAUCCAGGAUCAGGUGUUACUUUGCCAGGGCAGAGGCCGACAGGAAGUGAGGCCUUUCAGGGACAGUGGUGGAACUCCAUCAGUAGGAAGCUUGGACUGUGGCCUAUUUAGGAGGGCCUGUAUCAGAGCAGAGGGCAGAAACAAAAGAAUUCAAGUGAGAGGGGGGUACAUUAACCUGCUAGACACAGGCUCCACCCAGAGAUGUGAAAGUGGAGAACAACUGCUGGAGAACAGCUGCAUCGGAACCAUGCAGAUAGUGGAGGAGGUAUUUGCUAAACCUUCAUUUCCUCCCCCUGUGGCCAUGUUGCAAACCAGCACUGGGAACAAUGCUGACAUUACCAGAGUAGAGGGUUCAGGGACACUGCCUACUCAGCACAACAGGGUUGAUGGAGUGACCCGUGUGGGAAUUGGGGUGGACGGCACUGAAGUCAGGCCUGUUACUAGUACUGAUGCAGUUGCAGGGGCUACAGUGACCAGGACCGACUCAGGAGAUGGUGAUUAUCAGUUAGUUCAGCAUGAGGUCCUUUGCUCCAUGAAGAAUAGCUACGAGGUCUUGGAAUUUCUGGGUCGUGGUACCUUUGGUCAAGUGGUGAAAUGCUGGAAGAGGGGAACAAGUGAAGUGGUGGCUGUUAAAAUACUGAAGAACCAUCCAUCCUAUGCACGUCAGGGACAGAUUGAGGUGGAGAUCCUGGCCCGGUUGAGCAGUGAAAAUGCAGAUGAGCACAAUGUGGUGCGUGCUCUGGAGUGCUUUCAGCACCGUAGCCACACCUGCCUGGUGUUUGAGAUGCUGGAGCAAAACCUCUAUGACUUCCUUAAACAGAACAAGUUCAGUCCACUGCCGCUCAAAAUCAUCAGGCCUGUUUUGCAACAGGUGGCAACAGCUUUAAAGAAGCUGAAGUCUUUAGGUUUGAUCCAUGCUGACUUGAAACCAGAGAACAUCAUGCUGGUGGACCCCUCCAGGCAGCCCUACAGAGUCAAGGUCAUUGACUUUGGUUCAGCUAGCCAUGUCUCCAAGGCUGUCUGCUCCACUUACCUGCAGUCCAGAUACUACAGGGCUCCAGAGAUUAUUUUGGGCCUGCCAUUUUGUGAGGCCAUAGACAUGUGGUCACUGGGAUGUGUGAUAGCGGAGCUCUUCUUGGGCUGGCCCCUUUAUCCUGGAGCACUGGAGUAUGACCAGAUCCGGUACAUCUCUCAAACUCAGGGCCUGCCUGCCGAGCAUCUGCUCAAUAAGGGGACCAAGACUUCUCGAUUCUUCUCCAAAGACUCAGACUCGCCCUAUGCCUCCUGGAGACUAAAGACAACAAAACAGCAUGAGAAGGAGACAGGACUUAAAUCCAAAGAGGCCAGGAAGUACAUCUUCAGCUGUCUGGAUGACAUAGCACACCAUGUUCAAAUCCAUCAGGUGAACUUGGUGCUGAGUCCUGACAGCAAUGACAUGCAGGCAGAGAAGGCUGACAGGAGGGAGUUUGUGUCUCUGCUGAAGAGCAUGCUGCUGAUAGAUGCUGAGGAUCGGAUUUUUCCAUGCAGUGUCCUCAAGCACCCCUUCAUCACCAUGACUCAUCUGCUAGACUACCCGCACAGUAGCCAUGUGCAGUCUUCUUUCCGAAUCAUGGACAUAUGUCAUGGCCGGCUCAGCAGUGCAGUUUUUGACACUCUCAAUCAGAACACCAUUCAUGUCUCAAGACCUCCUGUAGCCCCUUCUGCCUCCUCUGGUCUCCCACUGGGCUACAACAACAUACCAGUCCAUACUCAGGCUAUAACCCAGUCAACUCCGUCAGUGUUGCAUCCCGGGCUAGCUCUAACAACUGGGAAUGGUCAGUUCGGAUGCAGUGACUCAUUCCCACCUGCCUUUCUUCUUUGUCCCCCCACCAUGCAAGGUAACCUCAAUCAACCAGCAGGAUUUUCUGUUCCCAUGGUGACUCAGGGCCCUCCCAUACAGCCCCUACCAGUGAGGCCUGGUGUAAUACCUCAGCAGGCCUGGUCUAGCCGGGGGCAGCAGCUCCUCAUUCCAGCAGCCUGGCAGCAGAUUACUCCAGUCGGCCCUCCUCCUGCUCAUCCCCCACCACCACCUCCACCCCCCCUAACCAGUGACACCACAGCUGGCCCUCAGAGGAUCAGUGACUGGGGGAAAGUGCAUCCCCACUACAGUUCAGUUAUUCAGCAGCCUCUCCUGACAAAUCAGAUGUCAGCCCUCUCUGCCCAUCAGCCAAUCAACAUUGGUAUAGCUCAUGUUGUGUGGCCCCAGCCAGCCAAUAAACGGAACAGACACAGUCACAACAGGAACCUGUCCCACCCCAGCAACAUACACAUAUCAGUGUGUCGGACUCCCAAGAUGGCCGACGUUGGACAGAUAGUGCCAGGAAGGGAGCAGCCUCAGAGGGAGGUGCCUCAUGUGGAAACCAGGCAACCAGAAGUUCAAAACACAGAUGAGGAGGAUGAAGAGGAAGAAGUGAGCUGCUUCAGAGAGUCACCAAAUGCUAACAGACGGCUCCUCAGUCAACAACAGCGAGAUGUAGCAGUCCUGAUGGGUGACACACCAAGCCCUGCUCCCAGUGUGAUCAGCAUCCGCAGUGAGCUGACUGACGGAGAGGAUGAAGGGGGGCGUGCAGACACUCGCAGCUGUAAAGAGGAGUGUGUGUGUGAGGCGUGCAGAAACACCAGUAUGUCGAUGGAGAGAGUGUGUUCCCUCAGCAGCCCUGACAGCAGCCUUAGCACUAGCUCUUUUGCCUCCAACUCUCUUCAGUCCAGCCCCUCUGCCUCACCUUGCAAGAGACCCAAUAGCAUGUCUGAGGAUGAUGGUCAUGAGAGUGGUUGUGACACAGUGGAAGGCUCCUCCACGUCUGACGCAUUAACCUCCGUGCGUGGCAACAGCCCCUAUUGUUAUCUUGACAACAGUAACCACAACAACCGACCACCUUUGGCUGCCAUGGUAGCACCACUGCCCUCCCCUGCAGUGCAGCGCAGGAGUCCUCGUGGUGUCAGGACAAUGGUGGUCCCACCAAUGAGGGUGCAGAACAACAACACUCAGGGGUUAGAGGAGCGUUUCCAAAGAGCAGUCUUAGAGUCCUGGUCCCGGUCCAAAGGACGCUCCAGUCACGUAGGACAACCACAGAGCACUCCCUCCUCUGUCUCCCUCCUCCCAUCCACCCAACUCCUGUCCCGGCAGCAGCAGCACCCUCUGGGCUUUGGGCAGGUGCAUCCUUACAGGUCAAACAACAAAGAGUGGAACGGCAACUAUGGCCCACUGCGGCCCCACGCCUACAUCCCCCCUACUGUCCACACACACACUUUCACACACCUGCCGCACAGCCCCACACACACAUCAGCCGCUCAGCACACACACAACCAGGGCCUGCCCCCACACGCCCUCCUGUCCUACCCUCCAAGUGGUCCCCUCGCUGCCCACCCCCACCCCAUCUUGCCCCCUCAGCCUCCUCCUCUCCUCCAGCACAGUUAUGGUCUUUCCCACCCCCAAGGAGGCACUAUAGUCCACCAGGUGACUCUGGGCAUCAGCACUCACCCCCACAGGCUCCUCCCCUCCCCAACCAUCCACCCGCACCAUCAGCCCGGCUAUGUCCAUCAGUUCAAGCCUCCUUUCCAACCACCUCCACCCCCUCCUCACCCUUACAUGGCCUCCCCAGUAGCCUACACAGGCUUCCCUCUCAGCCCCACCAAGCUCAGUCAUCACCCCCACUUUUCUUAUAUCUGAGGAGAAGGACGGGGCCACAGCAGUACUUUCUGGUGAGGAAGGGCAAUGGGAAGUGGGCUGGUGCUGCAACCUGGGCAGGCAGAGCAAGCAGCAGAGCACCAAUUGGACACUUGUGAUGAUGAAGACAAAAAUAGAGUUAAUAGGAGGGGGGGCAGAUAACAUAAGAGGUUGAGAAAGAAAAACAAGUAUCAGCAGUGAAGCUAAUGUUUUCUGGUGUUUUGAGGACAAAGAAAUUCGCAUUGCAUGUUACCCCCCUGCCAUUUGUUCAGCUAGUGUUCAGAGAAUGUGGCCUAAUUAGAGACUGGAAAUUGUUUGUGGUCGUUGCUGUUGAGGCCGCGCGGCGUGCCCUUCCCUUUAUUCUUGUUGCCUUGUAGCAUGUGCUAGCCGGUCACAUCUGUUUUAUAAGCCAUCCCAAUUUGUAUUACCCAGGAUUGAAUGCUCCUGUCAUCAUUUCAGGCAGCCUUAGCUGCUACCACCUCCUAGUGCCUUAAAACCUGAAUCUAUGAUUACUUCAGGAGCUUAGAGAUUGUACAUUCAAAUGGGCUUGCAGCACUUAACCUUCAGGCUCUAGCUAUGAUGGGCUUAUUGGAUAAAUGUGACGGUAGUGCAUGUGGUUUUGUUUUAACUUUGGCAAAUGUUGGACUUUGCUUCCUAACUCAGUAUGGAUUUACUUUAGCUAGAGGCUGAAUAUUUAGGGCUUUGACUGAAUGAGCUUUCUCUGUACAUACAGGUAUUUGAUAUUUUGAUAGUUGAUUUCUAUUCACUAUAGUACUUAACAUAACAGUAUUGUCACUGUUUACUGUAACUGCAAUACAAUCUUGAUAGCCUUUGGGUUGCUGUGUUUAGUUAUUUUUUUUUAGGCUAGAUUUGCAUUCAUGCAUUUUAGUUUUUAGAUUUUGGGAGUGGCAUCGAUUUAAAAAAAAAAAAAAGAAGAUUGUUUUUACUUUAAAUGUUUCUCAGUGUUUGAAAUGACCUAUUAAAUUACAGUAUAUUUGUUGGGCUAAUGAGUGUUAGAGGUGUAUCUGUAAUUGUUUCUUCUAUUUGUGUAGUUGAACCUUUGUUCAUAUAUUGAAGUUGGUUGUCAGUUUUGAUACAUUCCUUCAGGGUGGAUGCAUAGCCUUCUUGUUUUGGUUUUGUGUUUUUGAUUUCCAGUGGGUAGUAGAGCUGCAUCUUUAAUCUACACUCCGCACCAAAGACUGUUCAUUAAUCAUUUCUGAAGCAUGGUCAAUACUAUUUCUCCUUUGACCUCCAGCAUAAUGUUUUAGUUAUCAACAUGGAAUAUAUUGUGAGAGCUCUAUUUUAAAAAUGAGGUUGAGGUUUUAUUUUUUCUGAGCUAUGUUUGGAAAUGUUUAUUUGGAAUGUAUAAAUAAUAAGCUGCUAUGUACUGAUCAUCUACCACUUUGUAGCUGUGAAUAUAGAGGAUUAAUCUCAUUCUAGCCUGCAUUCUCGUUUGUAUUGUAGUUCUGAUGACUAGAUAGAAUAGAAGUGGGUUUUAUUUUGAUCAGAGUAUAUUGAAUGCUAUUCCUAAAUGCUAGUGCCUCUGUAUAUUGGCUUUGUAUUUUGAACUGACUGUAAACUGCUGUAAUGGAAGUUACAGUGUCUAUAAAAAGUAUUCACCCA